CGGGGCCGGCGCGCGCCGAGUCAGGAUAGACCGACGGGGUCGGGAGGGUCCCCCCGGGGUUGCCAUGGAGACGGCCCACGGCGCGGGCAUCGCCGUGGCCGAAGCCCUGCAGAACGGGCUGCCCUGGCUGGAGGGCGCGUGGCUGGGGGUCACCUACCUGGGAGACCCCAAGUGCGCCUUCCUCGUCUACUUCCCCGCCGUCUACUACGCCGAGCGGCGCGUCGGGCUGGCCCUGCUCUGGAUGGCGCUCGUCUCCGAGUGGCUCAACCUCAUCUUCAAAUGGUUUCUGUUUGGAGAGAGGCCUUUCUGGUGGGUUCACGAGUCCGGCUACUAUAGCCAGGCCCCCGUCCAGGUGCACCAGUUCCCUGUGUCCUGCGAGACGGGGCCCGGGAGCCCGUCCGGCCACUGCAUGAUCACGGGGGCGGCCCUGUGGCCGGUGAUGACCGCGGCAUCGGACCUGGUGGCCCGGCGCACUCGGAGCCGCUGGGUCCAGCUGGUGCCUGCCGUGGCCUACGGCCUCUUCCUGUUGGCCGUCGGCUUGUCCCGGGUCUUCAUCUUGGCACACUUCCCGCACCAGGUGCUGGGCGGCCUCGUGGCCGGCGCCGCCCUGGGCCGGCUGCUGGCCCCCCAGGUGCCCUUGGAGCGGGAGCUCAGCUUCUAUGGGCUGGUAGCCCUGGCGCUGCUGCUGGGAGCCAGCCUCAUCUACUGGACCCUCGUCACCCUGGGCUUCGACCUGGCUUGGUCGAUCCAACUGGCCUCCAAGUGGUGCGAGCGGCCCGAGUGGCUGCACCUGGACACGAGGCCCUUCGCCUCCCUGGGCCGGGACGCGGGCACGGCCUUGGGGCUGGGGGUGGCCCUGCACUCGCCCUGCUACGCCCGGCUGCGGCGGGAGCGGUUGGGGCCCGGCCAGCGGGUGGCCUGCCUGCUCCUGGCCCUGGGCGCGCUGCAGGCGCUGGGCGCGCUGGGCCAGCCCCACCAGCUCACCCUCUUCUACGUCCUCAACUUCCUGAAGGCCGUGCUGGGCCCCUGCGUGGUGCUGGCCCUGGUGCCCUGGCUGGUCCACAGCCUCAGCCCCAGGGGGGCCGCUCCCCCGCACGCCCAGUGAGCCCCCCGCUCCCCACGGCGGCCCACCCCUCUCCCUGCGGUCGGUCCCCCCCGCCGCCGGGCAUCGGAGGGGACCGUGACCCGAGGACGGGGCCGCGGGCCGGGACCGGGCCGACUCCGUCCCCCUCGGCCCCGCUUCCUCUUCCACGCGCCCGGGCCGGGAGCCCCGGAGCCCCCGCCGCCGCCGUCUCUCCCCAGUGGGCCGGGGGCAGCCGCCGGGCGCCGCCGACCCAGGGCGCUCCUCUUACGGCCCGGGACCGAGGCCCCGGCCCCCGCUCCCCUUCCUCCCCCGCCUUCGUCGGUCUCAGGGUCCUCUGGCUACCCUCACUCCCUCCCGCCGCGACGGCGGCCCGAGGAACUCCGUUCCGGCCCCCGGGGGCCGGGGAGGCCUCAGCAACCGCGGCAGAGGCGGGGAGCCCUCGUGGGAGCGGCCCCUGGCCGGGGACACCCGGAAACCCCAGCUCUUCGUCCGGCUCCUCCCUCGGCCUGCUGCUGCGUGGCCUUGGGCGAGCCACUUCCCCUCACCUCUGAGUCUGUUUCCUCAUCUGUAAAACGGGGAAGAGAU